GAAGGCAUUUGCAAGAAAUGUUACUGAGGGAUGUUGACUGACAGUUUAAACAUGCCUAACUAUGCGCUAAUUAAAACGUCAUAAUAGUUCGCCUUAACUUAGCAUCAAAUUUCGUGAACGGAAGUCUUCAUUGUGCUCGUGCUCUUUUGCACCUGUCAUGUCACUUUUCAGUGCGACAAGUAACUUUACACGAAGUGAUGGUCCAGCUUUACGGUUAUUUCGAAAGAGUGAGAGCUCUGAUGAUGAAGACAAAAGGUUGAAAAGAAGAGAAAAGAACCGAGUUGCUGCACAGAGGAGCCGUAAAAGACAAACUCAGAGAGCUGAUGAGUUGCAUGAGGCAUAUGAAUGUCUGGAACAGGAGAACAGCCUGCUGAGGAAAGAAGUCCAGCUUUUGUUAGAGGAACAGCAACGCUUGACAGAUGCCCUCAAAGCCCAUGAGCCUUUGUGCCCUGUCUUGAACUGUGGUAUGACCUCAACAUCAAGGUCCGCAGGCACAAUGUCACCUGAGUUUAUGUCUAGAUAGAGUCGCUUACAUUUGAUGCUCAUGAUGUCCAAAUUUCCAUUUAAGAAUAAAUUAAGUAUGCUUGUAAUCAUGCAAGGUAUUUAUUCAUACUAGCAGCAUGCAAUUAAUUUUUUUUUAAUUCUGAAGUAUUAACUUUUGAGUUCAGUAUGCAGUAUUUUCUGUCAACAUACAAGUUAAUUAUUAAUUCAUGCUUGAAAUUGCAUUGUAACAGGUUAUGUUCAGAAUACAGGAUCUUUGUAGUCAUAUGUUUGUUUUCCCAGGGUCAAGCCUCACGUGAAUACGUCCACUAUUUACUUUGAUAGAGUCAAUAACCACUAACAAAACCAUCUGUUACACCACAGUUAGUUGACUGUGAAUGAACGACAUGCGACAAUGGACUUCUGCUUUAUGAGAGCCAAUCUGACCAAAAUACCAGAGGUUAGUUUCAAUACUGUGACAGCAGGUUUAUGUCUGCAUAAUAUUAUUAACCAUAGCAGCUUAAUUGAAACGUUAGUGUUUCUUUUCUGUCUGGCUUGAUCAUGUUUGCUGUUGGAAUAUAUUGUAAGUAUUAAGAAAAUAAACAAUUAUUUUUUAAAAAUCA